CCCUCUCGCGAGAGGCACGAGACCCGGAGCGGGCGAGCGCGGAGAACUCUAGAGCCGGCCCUAGCUGUAGUAACUUUUAGGUCUGUCAACACUAGAGGAAUGGCAAAUUUUGGGAUAUCAGCUGGCCAGGUUGUGGCAGUGGUCUGGGAUAAAUCAUCCCCUGUGGAGGCUCUGAAAGAUCUGGUGGAUAAACUUCAAGUGUUAACUGGCGAUGGAGGCCAAGUGUCUGCGGAAAACAUGGACCAGCUGUUGCAGUCUGCCCACAAGGAAUCCAGCUUUGACAUUAUCUUGUCUGGUGUAGUCCCAGGAAGCAUGACUCUGCACAGUGCCGAGAUUUUGGCUGAGAUGGCCCGGAUCCUUCGGCCUGGGGGAUGUCUUUUUCUGAAAGAACCAGUAGAGACAGGUGUAGGUAACGAUAGCAAAGUGAAGACAGCGUCUAAACUGUGUUCAGCUCUGACUCUCUCUGGUCUUGUGGAAGUGAAAGAGCUACAGCGGGCGUCCUUGAGCCCUGAGGAGAAGCAGUCUGUCCAGGAACACCUGGGCUACAACAGUGGCAGCCUGCUCUCUGUUCAGAUCACAGGCAAAAAGCCAAACUUCGAAGUGGGCUCUUCUAGUCAACUUAAACUUUCCAUCACCAAAAAGUCUCCUUCCGUGAAACCGACUGUGGACCCUGCCACUGCCAAGCUCUGGACCCUCUCAGCCAAUGACAUGGAGGACGAGAGCACGGAUCUCAUUGACUCAGAUGAGCUACUGGAUCCAGAGGAUUUGAAAAAACCAGAUCCCGCUUCCCUACGGGCUGCUUCGUGUGGGGAAAGAAAAAAGAGGAAGGCUUGUAAGAACUGCACCUGUGGCCUUGCAGAGGAACUAGAAAAAGAGAAGCUACAGGAACAGAAGAGCGCCCAGCCCAAGUCAGCCUGUGGAAACUGCUACCUGGGUGAUGCUUUUCGCUGCGCCAACUGCCCCUACCUUGGGAUGCCAGCCUUCAAACCUGGAGAGAAGGUGCUGCUAAGUGACAGCAAUCUUCACGAUGCCUAGGAGGGACCCCAUGGGACACAUCUGCUCCUCCAACCAACUCCUAUCCCUCAGAUCCCACCACUGUGGCUCCGCCCACCUCCUUGGAUUUGCUGACUCUCCGUUGGAAAUCCCUUUUCAGGGAGGGUGCUUGUAGACAGGGAAGCUGGCUGUGGGUGCAGUGGUGUGUAGUGCUGCUAUUUAUCCAAAGACCAAGGCUUGGAGGGCCUGGCUUCCUGCAGUGGGGAUCUCUUUCCUCAUCUAGUGUGAGGAGAAGGGAGCAUGCACAGGAGCAUGUUCUUACAGAAGCACUGGCCAGACACUCUUGCCCAGACAUCCUUGGGUGUUUAUGCUCUGGGACAAGCUCCAGGCCCAGCCACUGUCCUAAGCUCAGUUAUCUUGCCACCUACCUGUCUUCCCAAGUUGGUGGUUUACUUGAUAUGCAGUUCUUAGUAACGAGUCAACUGUCUCAUGUCUCAACACCAAAGGAGUCACUCACAGGUUGCUGUGAUCCCAUCCCACGUCUCUCCACCCCCUUUCCUCACCCUGACUUUAGUGUUGCAUCUGUGUCCUGUGUCAUUUCUGUUUGUCUGUAGGUAUUAAACUUGCAUACUUCUGUGUGUCUGUUGUAAAGAGAGGGUCUAUACGUGUGUGUGAUAUCUGUCAUAGCUAUCCACAGUCAUUAUGGACCAUGGAGGCUGGCUGCAGCUCUGCCUCAUGAGGGCACAGAGCAGGGGACUCUGACUUUGGAAGACCAAAUGUCUUUCUGGAGGAACUUUGUGUCCCCCACAAAUAGAGCCAGUGCUAUGAAAUAUGGCCUCUUUCCUCUACUGUAGAAGAGUCCAGGUUGAUAAGAAUUUGGAGAGAAGCAGGACAGAACACGGAACCAACUGGAAGUCUCUGAGCAGGAGAACCCUUUAUUCUCCUCACCACCCACCCACACAAACCUGGAAUCCAACUUGCCAAAUAUUUGAAGAGAUUGUGUGGAUUUAAGAGACCUGGAUUUUUACAUUUUGCCAGUAAAUAAAAGUGUUGAUUUGA